AGAAUUUGACAUCCUUAGUGCACUCUUGCCUUUCAAGAAGACUGUUCAAGCUUAGGUCAAUAAUAGACUCGGUACCCUAAAUGAUUUGCCUACGCUCACACUUUAUCGCGCAGAUCAUUAUUAUCUCAAAAAUCUAAUCUGCAUACGCACAAAGCAGAUAAUAGUUUUAUAAUCCCUUUUGUCACAGAACGAAACGAAAGACAGAUAAAACUAGAUACACCGAUAGCUUCAGCCUCUUUCUACGUAGAUAGUUCACAGAGGACGCAUCAAAAAAUAUAUCGUCGGUCAAAUACAAUUUCGAGCAAAGGAAUCGAAUAGUUUUUUCCAUUACUUAUCCGCGCCAACAGUGUCCCGUCCACAAUCCGGUGAACCAGUCGAAUUUAGUUAGUUUCCCUACAUUUUUAUGGUCCUUCGAGAAACCGGAUAUGUGUAAUUAGUGGCCAAAACUGGCAAAAGUGAACUGUUGGAGUGCGAAUAUCAUGGACUUUCACAUCGGACUGUGAACAUCUACAUCACCCUACGCGUGCGGAAGUUUCAUCGGCGUCGAUUGGUCUAUCGGCGAUUACGGGUCCAGCUGAAAAAAGGAUUUCUUCUGCAUAGAUAGGAUUUCGGCAACUUAUAUCGAACGUGGAGCUCUCGGCCGUGGCAAACGGAUUUCAUCCUCCUUCGUAAAAUUAUAGCGUGGCUCGCUAGUAGCGUGAGUAUUCAGAAAAGAAAGGUGCGAAUAGAAAUCAAUCGAUAUAGUGCAUGUGAGUUUCAAUUGCUGGAUUAUUAAAGAGUGAUUUCAUACAAAAAGUUUGAAAUUCGAGAGGGUUAGUGAUCUGAAUAACGAUAGAAACAAAAUGGCGUCGUUACGUGAGCUCACCAAAGUUGAGCGUGGUUUCAUCGAUUCACUGAAGAAUUUACAGAACUUCGUGAAUGAUUUUGAUAAUUCUCGUGAUCAUGUGAAAAUUGAGUCUCGUUUGGAACAUCUUGAGACAUUAUUCAAAAAGUUUCUUGAUAAUCGUGCAAAAAUCGAAGCAAUUCAGGAACAGGACUUAAGCCUGGUUGGUCAAACUAAGGACGAAAGAGAAUCCGAAGUUAUUAGAGACGUGGAAUCGUCCAAUAGAAAGACGCGCAUUGAAUUUGAAAAUACGUAUUUCGAUAUAAAGGAUUUUUUCCUUUCUCUACGAUUAAAACCGACAGCUGUGACUGAUCUUUCCCCUCCGCCUUCCCAUUCAACCGUAUCCCGUGUUCAUCUUCCGGUCUUCAGAAUCCCUUUUUUUUGAUGGUAGUGUGAAAGAUUGGCUUAGUUUCCGGGAUGCCUUCCAGAGUAUGAUCGAUAAAGAUGCAUCGCUUACACCCGUUGACAAAUUUAAUUAUCUGCUCUCUGUACUAACGAAGGAAGCAAAAACAUUAGUUGAGUCGAUCGAAGUAACAGUGUCAAAUUAUGAAGUCGCUUGGAAAAUGCUACAAGAACGAUUUGAGAACAAGAAAAUUAUCGCUAGAACGCUGAUGGACGGUUUUUUGGAUGCCGAACCCAUCAGACGGGAAUCUUACGAUUCGUUAGUUACGUUGAUAGAUUCGUACGAACGCAACCUCCUCCAACUUAAGAAACUAGAUCUUGAUACUGAUGGUUGGUCUCAUAUUUUGGCACACUUGUUGUAUAAACGUUUGGAUACAGAAACCCAAAGAUACUGGGAGCGUCAUCAUAAAUCUCGUGAGGUACCGCAAUAUCAAAAUUUGUUGAAAUUCCUUCGUGAUCACCUGGCUACCCUACAACCUAUAGCAGCGGCAAAGACUCGUGAACAAACUAUCCGAAAUGAUACUCGCAGACUCUCAACGAAACAAAAAUAUGGAUCGACACUCACAACUACAGCCACACAAAAUAAAUCUUGUCCACUAUGUCAAAAACCAUAUCAUUCUCCUUUCAAAUGCGAAUCCUUUGCUAAACUAAAUCCCGUCCAAAGGCACGAAAUGGUGAAAAAGACUGGUCUUUGCCUAAAUUGCCUCUCCUUCUCCCAUAUGGUGAAGGCUUGUCCCAGUUCAGCCUGUCGCGUUUGUGGACAAAAGCACCACACAAUGCUGCACAGGCGCUCCACUGAUAGUAAUUCCAACCGAGGACAAGAGAUAGCUUCGUCACAAUACGUUCCAAUUACCACAACCCCUCGACCUCUACACUCAUCGAACGCUCCAAUCAUAUCGAACACACCUCACUCACAAUCGCAAACCUUCGCUACUAGCCCAGUACCCCCAAUCGUGUCACAAUCACUUCCAGUGGGAGCCCACGCGCCGAAUGCAGUUCGUGAAAAUACAUCCUCUUGUGGAAACGUUGUAUUCCUGUCUACCGCAAUAAUCAAGAUAGCAGAUUCUCACGGCAACAUUCAUUUGGCCCGUGCUCUAUUAGAUAGCUGUUCCGAAAGAAAUUGAAUUAGCACA